UCGCCUAUGCGCCCAGUAAUACAAUAAAAAACAUCAAAUAAAUUUAUAAAUCUUCUUAUGUGUUACUUACAAAUACGAAAUAUACGAACGCCGAGACCAAGAAACCGAAAGAAAACGAGCUAUUUAUAGGAAAUACAAUCAACUGUACCGACAAGUGUGUGUACACCAAUGACAGGUGAUAGAGAUCAACUGCACAUGCGCGUCUCACCUGGAUUCCUAAUUCAUUCUGGGAAAGAAUACUUCCUACGUACGACCUUAAAAUACUAUUUGCUUUUUGUUUUCCGUGGUUUUCGAGAAUAUAUCACAUGUGGAAGAGUUUUACUGAAACAGUUCGACAACUAGAACAUAGAAGAGCAAAUGUGUGAAUUCCAGUUCUUGAAACAGAAAGCAAUAUACCAAGAAUGAUGGAAAAGCCUAUAUAUGUGCAAGAGAAUAUGUUAAUUUAAAUUGAAAACGUUUAAUGAAAUAAUAUAUACUGACAAUUUACGAACAACAAUAGCGGUUCUACCAUUACAUUCGGGAAAAUGUCUCGCAGCGGAAGCGUCAUGAGCGUCUACCCCCCUGCUAAUGCCAGGGCAGGUAGUGCAGUUAGCCGAGUUAGUGCAGCUAGCGUAACCAGCGCUCAAGUUACAGCCAACGCGCGCAGUGAAAGCGCCGCCUCCAAUGGGCGCGUUGAAAGUGCUGCUUCCAAUGGGCGCGUUGAAAGCGCAGCCUCCAACGGACGCGUUGAAAGCGUAGCCUCCAACGGGCGCGUAGAAAGCGCAGCCUCCAACGGGCGCGUUGAAAGCGCAGCCUCCAACGGGAGCGCUGGAAGCGCAGCCUCCAAGGCGCGAGUUGAAAGCGCAGCCUCCAACGCGCGCGUUGAAAGUGCAGCCUCCAAAGCGCGAGUUGAAAGUGCAGCCUCCAAGGCGCGAGUUGAAAGCGCAACCUCGAACGCGCGAGUUGAAAGCGCAGCUUCCAAAGCGCGAGUUGAAAGUGCAGCCUCCAAGGCGCGAGUUGAAAGCGCAGCCUCCAACGCACGCGUUGAAAGCACACCCUUCAAAGCCCGCGUUGAAAGCGCCGCUAGCGUACGGAGCAACAUCCUAAGCAACCAAGGAAACCAAGGAAACCAAGGAAACCAGGGCAGCAAUCAAGGAAACAACCAAGUUAACAACAACUUCAGCGGUCUAAGCGUCUGGGACAUAGCGGUCGCCGAAGACAGGAAGAGAAGGUUAGAUCCCCAGAACAAGCAAGAAACGGACAAGGCCCCAAGAGAGGCAACGUUGCUUAUUGUUGGUACUAGGUCCGCUGGAAAAACAACGUUACUGCAGAGAUUUCUAGACAGGGAGGAACCACCCAGAAACACCCUCGCCCUUGAAUACACCUACGGAAGAAAGUCCGGCAAAACACUGGUAAAGGAUGUCUGCCACCUGUGGGAACUUGGAGGCGGGGCUCUGUUCACCUCGUUGUUGACGGCUCCUCUCACAUCGAGGGUCAUCCCGAACCUCGCCGUGAUCUUAAUGCUGGACCUCUCACGACCCGAGACGAUCUGGACGGAUCUUGAAGCGCUGGUUUCUCAGUUGGAGGCAGAAAUAAAGGCCGUUGUAGCAAAACAAGCUGGAAUGCAAAAACAACUGUCUGCAGCAGCCUGGAAUAGAAUAGGCGAAGAUCACCAGGACAAAGCACUCAUUUCCCCCUUUCUGGUACCUCUCGUGAUCCUUGGCGGGAAGUAUGACGUUUUUCAAGACAUGGAACCAGAGAACAAAAAGAUCAUAUGUCGUGCUCUUAGGUUUGUGGCUCACAGUCUAGGGGCAUCUCUUCAGUUUUUCUCUGCCCGUGAUGCUGGACUGGUUAAAAAGGCCAAGGAGCUCCUGAGUCACUAUGCUUUUGGAAGUCCUGACAGCAAAAACCUGUCACAAGACUACAACAAGCCUCUAUUGAUACCAGCUGGGAGCGAUAACUUCAACACAAUCAAUGGAAAUGUCGAUGAAUCACACGCCAUGACUUAUGACACAUGGAAGCACACAUUUACUGCCAAAUUUCCACAAAAGAACGAGAAGAAGUCUGCACUGCCAGAGGAUCCAGGACGUGACCCUAGCUAUGCAGAAGCUGAUGUCGAUAACCUAAGGGCACAGAAGGAUGAGGAACUGGAACGAAUUCGACGAGAAGUGGGACGUAACAAUGCAAGAUGGGCCGAACUAGACUUGUCAUGAAAUUCUACAAGGAAUAUAUUGUGAUAAAGUAUAGCACUUAGCAUUAAAUGUUUCUCAAUAGAUUUUCAGCCUGAAAAUGGAAGCUGAGAGGAUUGGUGUUCUUAAAAAAAUUUUUGUACAAGACAUGCAGAUGAUUUUCCAUACCAUAAUGUGACCAAAAUUUGCUCAUGGAUUAGUUAUAAUGCAUCUGUAAUAUCAGUGACCAGAAAACUAAGUUAAUUUAAUUAUGGAUAAGUGUUUUGAUAUAUGUUAUUAAUACAUACAGGUAGUAUGUACUCUCUUUGAUAUGACAAGACCUCAGUAAAUAUGAAAAUAGGCUUUAAAGUGUAACAUAUAAAAUGUUUACCUUUUCCAGCUUCCAUUACAUUUACUUGCAAUCAGAUCCCAUUCUUUAUUUUUAAACAAAUACUACCUGAAUGUACUGUAAACUUUUAAUCAAACCAACGUACACAGAGGUGGUAGUUUACUGAACAUACCUUCACAUAGUAAUGUCAUUUACAAGAUCCCCUUCUCACACCUGAUAUACUUGCCACUUGGUUUCCUGUGGGCAACAGAAGAGUUGAAGACUCAGACCUACCGAGAUGAAACUUUGGGAAAGGAAACUCAAGACGAGCAUAGGCCCUUGGCAUGAAACCGAACUGGAGGUGACAACGAUGGUGAUGAAGGCAUUAGUGCUUGCUGCUAAAUUUACUUUUGUUUUGAAAGCAGUAAUUUAGAAGCAUUUUACAUGAAAUCUGAAUUCACCACAUACAAAUCCAUGCAUAGUAACAUGACUGUCAUAACCUGUAGGAAAAUAAUAAAAAAUAGUUUAAAGCUACCUUUUGGGUAUAUGUAACCCCUAUUGCAAAAUGUAACUUGACACCAC